AAAACAGAUAUAAUCUCCAAAGGCAAACAAAGACUGAGGAUAUGACAAAUUACAUGGAUGAUUUAAUUCUAAGCUCACCAAAAGAGAGAUUCUUGCUCAAAGUCCAAAACUAGUCAGGGCAGAUCAUCUUUAAGAUCAUCAGGCAGAUCUUGUAGUUCACAAUCUAGUUCAAGCACUUCAGCUUCCUCAAGGAGUUGGAGCAGGUCUCGAAGCAGAUAAAGAUCACAAGCUAGAAGAAAUGUUUCCAGAAAGUGUAGCAGAUACUCAAGAUCUUAUUCCAGAAGUCGGUCAAGAUCACGUAGCCUUCGAUACAGAGGAAGGUACCAUCCUAGAACCUACAGGAGAUACCACCAUUCUCCUCCAAGGUAUAGAUCACACAGGAGGUCCCGAUCUUGUGGAAGACCAUAUUAUAGAAGAUCUUUUUCAAGAAGCAGAUCACGAUCAAGAGGACGAAGAUACUAUGGAUUUGGGAGAACCAUAUAUCCUGAGGCAUACAGAAGUUGGAGAAGCAGAUCACGAACAAGAACUUGUAGCAGAACCUCUGCGCUUAAGUGAAAAAGAGAAGAGGGAACUCUUAGAAAUCGCGAAGGCUAAUGCUGCAAAAGCCCUGGGAGCAGAUAACCUAGUCUUGCCAGCUAGCUUGAGAGUCUACAGCCUAUCCAAAGAGACACAUGGUGGAAAAUGCAAGAGUGAAGAUUCUGCUGAGUCCACUGAGGUAAUUAUGAACUGGAGUAGUCUUGAUUUUAAAGGUAAACUUUUUUCAAAACUACACUAUUAAUGCAGGAAAAGCUGUGCUAGCCUUACUUCGCAAUGAGAAACUAUUUUAUUAAACAAAACAUGCCAAGUUUUUAAACUUAUCAAAAUGCCAAAAACCUUUGUCGAUCUGCUAAAGCUGGAAGAGUACCUUGGAAUCUUAGUUGGUUGCUCUCCUGAUUUGCCUACAGACUUUCCACUAGUGAUAUGUUAGGAAGGAGAGAGAAUUUCCAAGCCUAAUAGGGAAGUGCCAGUUAUGUUGGCUGAUGGUUUUUUGCCCGAAAACAAUUAGGCUCUUAUUUGCCAUAGCCUAUUUAAUAGGCUUUUGUAAAGAUUAAACUCUGUGCUUGAUAACUGUCAUAAUCUUUUCAUAUGCAUCAAAUUGUUCCCAGAAAUCCCAUGCCUAGACCCCAAAUGCAUUUUACAUGCUGUAUUUCUGUCUUAUAGAAAUCAUGAAUAUGGUCUCCAGACAUUUGAUGAAGAAAAUCUGGUGGUAAUU